UAAUAUUAUGCUGCCAAGCUGUAGCGAUCGCGCAGUUAUGCUCUCUUGGUGUGACUAGUGACUGUACAGGUUGUAGAUGGUCGUUAUGAUCGGUAUGCUAGUGGAUAUGUACAGUACGGUACUGUACAGUGGAGUGUAGUAUGAUUUAGUGUGUGUCUGUCAGUGAAGUUAAUCAACACUGGAUAGAUGGAGACUAAAUGAAUGGCUUUUUAAUGCUUGCUAAAUACAUAGGUUUAAUGGAUCAGAGUUCCUGGGUAACAGCCAAACACUCACCCUAAGAACAGAGCUCCGUAGUAGCAGUGGACGUGCCAGUUUAUCUACAUGACACAUUUACACGAUCGGCUGAGAAGAUACGUUCUUAUGAGGGAAUGCGACUGGCUGAUCUGGUUGUCUUAACUUAACCAGAUCAUCUCGAUCAGACUGAACCGUGUCCUUGACUCAGGUGCUCGUAGCUACGCGCUUAGAUCAACGGACCUGCACUGGGCGAUCCUUUCAGUACAAAACAUGGCUAAAUCCGAAGCCAGAAAGAGCAGCACUUCACCUUUUAAUGUGAAAGCUGCAUCAGAUGAGCAGGUGACUAACGGCCCGGCUGAACCUGCUGCGACGGGAGCCUCCGCUGAGCCCGCGACCCGGACCAAGCAGGGCAAACGCAGCUCUGAGAGUGAGGUGUUUGACGACGGAACCAACACUUUCUUCUGGAGAGCGCACACCCUGACUGUGCUGUUCAUACUAACCUGUGCCCUGGUUUACGUGACCCUGCUGGAGGAGACGCCACAGGACACAGCGUACAACACUAAGAGAGGGAUUGUGGCUAGUAUUCUGGUGUUCCUUUGUUUUGGAGUAACACAAGCCAAAGAUGGCCCUUUCUCUCGACCACAUCCAGCAUACUGGCGUUUCUGGCUCUGUGUGACUGUUGUCUAUGAGCUCUUCCUCAUCUUCAUCCUAUUCCAAACUGUGCAGGACGGCCGUCUGUUCAUGAAGUACAUGGACCCUAAGUUAGGGGUUCCUUUGCCUGAAAGAGACUAUGGAGGAAAUUGUCUCAUCUACGAUCCUGGAAAUGCCACAGAUCCCUUCCACAAUAUCUGGGAUAAGAUGGAUGGCUUUGUUCCUGCACAUUUUCUUGGCUGGUACAUUAAGACUUUAAUGAUCAGAGACUGGUGGAUGUGUAUGAUCAUCAGUGUGAUGUUUGAAUUUUUGGAGUACAGUUUGGAGCACCAGUUACCCAACUUCUCAGAGUGCUGGUGGGACCAUUGGAUUAUGGAUGUGCUGGUGUGUAAUGGUUUGGGGAUAUACUGUGGCAUGAAAACACUCGGCUGGCUUUCUAUGAAGCCGUACCAAUGGCAGGGCCUGUGGAACAUUCACACAUACAAGGGCAAGAUAAAGCGCAUUGCAUUCCAGUUUACCCCUUACAGCUGGGUGAAGUUUGAGUGGCGGCCAGCGUCUAACCUGCGUCGGUGGCUGGCAGUGCUGGGCAUCAUAUUUAUGUUUCUGCUGGCGGAGCUGAACACAUUCUAUUUAAAGUUUGUGCUGUGGAUGCCACCUGAACAUUACCUGGUGCUGCUGCGACUCGUCUUCUUUGUGAACGUGGGCGGUGUGGCCAUGAGGGAGAUCUACGACUUCAUGGAAGACCCGAAGUUCCAUAAGAAGCUAGGACAACAGGCAUGGUUGGUGGCAGCCAUCACGGUGACGGAGUUCCUGAUAGUGGUGAAGUAUGACCCCAACACUAUUAUGCUGCCGAUACCCUUUUUCAUCAUGCAGUGCUGGGUCCUUGGCAUCGUCCUCAUCCUCACCUGGACACUGUGGCGCUUCUUUAUACGAGACAUUACACUUCGUUACAAAGAGACACGUAGACGUAGACAGGAGAGUUCUACGGAACGAGAGAGGCCCCACGGCAACAGCACCAAUAACCCUGCGAUGUCCGGCCGCAGCAAACUAAACGGAAACACAGAUAGUGUACGACAACGUAAAUCCUGAAGGAGGAAGUAGUGGACCAGACACUGCACCUCUGUAACACACUCCAAGCAUUGAAUCUGAACCAUGGUUGUGUGUGUGUCUACCUGUCUUUCCAUGCCUGUCUGAACCAUUCCAAUACUGACUCACUGUUAAACACACAGUCUGGCACUAAGGGGUGCAUUUCAUUUUUUAUUCUUUUUUUAUACAUACAGUAAAUGUAAGGGUCAUUUUUUGUGUAUUUGAACAAAACUAUGUUACACUGGUCAUUUUUGCAUGGUUAUUUUUAUGUUUAUAGUUUAGAGCUGUCAGAUGCUGUAGGCUGACCCAAAAUAUGUAAGGAAUGUGAUGAGAUUCUUUGUUUCUCCAGUUGCCUUAUAGAUGUUUUUUAUUCCAGUUUUAGGGGUACUGCAAGUUUUUUUUAUUUGGGGGGUGGUGGGAGGGGUGUUUUUUUUUGGCUAUGCAAUAACACACUAGUAUAUUUCAAAUUGCGUUAUUAAGGGUUAGGCUUUAUUUGUAGAUGUAUCUAUGCUGUUACAGUCCCGCAGCUGGUGGCUUACACAUAUUAUUCACCAGCUUGAUUGUCUUAUUUUAUUUUAAACGUAGACAGAUAGACUCUGAGGAAAGAAUGCUCUUGUUACAUUAUGUGUCUCAGGUAAAUACUCUUCAGAGUAACAGUCAGUAAUUCGGGUAUUUUGUGCUUUGGAAAGCAUAAAUUUAUUUUGUUUUAUCCUAGAAACUGACACGUUAGGAUAGUUUAGUUAUUUAUUUAUCUUUAGUAACCGCCUCAUCUCUAAAGGGGAUUUACCCUGGACAGGACACUAGUAGAUCACAAUGCAUCACACAUUAUUAUUGCUUGUUAAUAAUGACCUACUAAUGACUAGUUGAGUAGGUCCAUAUUUUAUUAUUAUUAUUUUAUUAUUAUUAUUAAUAAUCAGUUAAUCAAUACUCUGACUAGUUCUCAAUUCUUACCUCAAACUGAUGUGCAGGGGUGGGUAGACUCCCAAUUUGUUUGAAGAAUGUAUCAAAUGAAAAAUGUACACAAGCAUUGUUACGCAAUACACAGGAUAAAAUAUGAUGAUCAUUUCAUAACAAGAAGUCAUACUGAAAAUACAUGUCCUGCUCACCUGUGUUAGCAUAAAAUACAAUAACUUCCACACACUGCAAGGUCAAUAUGUUGUCAUUCUUUCAUUUGCAAUGGAACAAAUGCAAAUGUUCAGGAAAAAACACCCACUCACUUUCUUAACCGCUUAUCCAAUCAGGGUCGUGGGGGUGUGCUGGAGCCUAUCCCAGCUUUUUCAAUGGGCGCAAGGCACACAGUAACACCCUGGACAGGACGCCAGUUCAUCGUAGGACAGACACACAUACAAACACAUUCACCUAUAGGGCAAUUCAGUGUCUCCAAUUAACCUGGCUGCAUGUUUUUGGACUGUGGGAGGACACCCACGCAGACACGGGGAGAACAUGCAAACUCUACACAGAAAGGACCCGGACCGCCCGCCUGGGGAUCGAACCCAGGACCUUCUUGCUGUUAGGCAGGACCUUCAGUGCUACCGUGCCGCCCCAGGUCUUUAAAAAAGAUGUUUCUGUUGUUACUGCUAGUUACAUUGUAGACAUGCCAUCAACUGUAAUCUUUACGGCUGAUUUUCUUGCCAAAUGGAUGUCUGUAGAUACUGUGAUUGCAGCUUGAAAACAAAAUUUGCUGCAAUUUGUACCCAGUAGAGCCAAAAUUGUAUCCUUGCAAGCCUAAAACGUUUAAUAUUUUAAUAUAUUAACAUUUAAAUAGCCCACCAGAGUUCGACGUUAACAUAGCAUACAGAGUGUGGUAAUGGUGAAACCAUUUGAAAAGGAAACAUUAUAACAUCAAUGUUUCAGAUUUGUUGAUUUAAACGGUGCAAUACGUAUUAUUACGUGUGCCUGCAAACUAUAAACACAUUUGCUGAAUCUCAAAUUACAUAAUUACUAUCAAGCUACAAUCAUACAAUCCCACAGCCAAUAGUUAAGAGGCAAAAGUAUGUUUUAAUUUUAAGAGUAAAAGGUCAAGUAACAAAUGUAAUAUGUUACUACCCACCUCUGCUAAACGUAGAGUGAAAUCCUAACAGUAACCAAACCUGCUUGCUACAAAUUUAUGCAAAAUGUCAAGGAUAUGAUUGUGGCGUGCUUUGUUAUUUUAUGUUCUAUGUUUACAUGGAUGCGCUGCUGUCUCUUUUAACAUCACAUGCUUACAGUGUGAAAGGUCAGUGGUCCGCUAUCCCUAACUGCUAGUGUCUGGGCAGGGUUCACAGAUUGUCAGGUACUCACUCACAACUAGAGGCAAUGUAGAGCAAAAUCAUAGAAAGGAACCACAAAGCAGAGAAUGUUAUGCGGACCAGGUAGGAUAGGGUAAUCCAAACUCUUUGGACCAAAAUUGCUGUCAUUUUUACAAUUUUUUGUGCCUAUGCAUGAUUUUAAUUAUUGCUGCUUUAAGCUGUAAAUCAAAUCUCAGUCUGCUAAAUGAAAGCCUGUGCUCUGGAUUGUAUAACAGUCUCAGCCUCAUAAGCCAUUACUAAAAUGUUUAUUGUGCAUUCAGGACCACGACAGCUCAUUUUCGACAGAGUAAGGGGUUCACAGCCAUAGUCAUCCUAACAUAUUCCUUCACUUAUUGUUUGAAAUCAGGCUGUGUACAAUGGUAGGGGAAUCCAAAGACAUUUAAAUCAGUUUGUAUAAAAGUCUAACCUCCCUCUGCUGUGUCAGUGUGUGUUCUCAUGUCUGUACCUUAAUAAAUAGGAACACUGUACAAACUGUCCAGGACUGCCUCGUGUAAAGUAUAACAUGCUGAUGUCAUUAUAAUCGUACUGUGAAUGUAAACUUAAGGUCUAAAUGUUUGCAUCAUAGUGCAGGUUAUAUUUUCAGACGCAACCCCUGACUGCUUAUACUGUUUGUUUAUUAGGAUUUUAACGUCAUGUUUUACACACUUUGGUUACAUUCAUGACAGGACAGGUAGUUACUCGUUACACAAUGUUCAUCAGUUACAUGUCUUUGGACUGUGGGAGGAAACUGGAGCUCCUGGGGGAGACCCACACAAUCAUAGGGACACCUUGCAAACUCCACACAGAAAGGACCCGGACCCGGACCGCUCCACAUGGGCAUCGAAUCCUCAGCGCCUCAUUGCUGUGAGGUGACGGCGCUAUCCACCGAGUCACCGUUCCAUCCGACUGUUUAAAUGCAUCUCCUUUCCCUCCUCCGCCGAGUAUUAUUUAUAAGUUUUCUAUCUGGUUUUCUUGUACGUUCAAUGCUGUAAGUGUACUGUAUUUGUAUGUUGACUUAUAUCUGAUGUAGGAAGUAGGUUAAUAUUAACUAUAAUCUAUGAUCAGAGCUGAGAUCAUACUGCGUGGGGUGAUGUUUUUAAGGCUGCUUCCUGUUAAGCACUGCCCUUUUGCUUCUGUAUGAGACACAAAAUGAAUACUCCAGCAUGUUUUCAGAUAGUUUUCAGAAGGAUUCCUGAACUUUAGCAUCCCUCUUCCUGCCAAAGGAUAAAAUCACAAAAAAUUCUGUGGCCCACCACAAGAUUAAACUGGCACAGUUGUUUCUUAGGCGGUAAUAAAAUCAGCUGUUUGACAUUG